AGGAACGGGGUGGCUUACUAGGUGUUGGCUGAGUUACGCGGCUCGUCCUUUGCGUUUGGCUUUGCUAGGCGACGGAUGUUCGGUGGGAGAGCUAAGGGCGCAGCCAGCGCGGGCUAUAGCGCGUCACCCGCGCUCAGCGGCAGCUCCAGCUCCAGCUCCGGGCUCAGGGGCAGUAGGAGGGCUUCGCUUUCCUUUCGCUUUCUCAAGCCGCCAAACCUGACACCUGGGGACUACAGUUCCCACCACGCAGUGAGGCAGCAGGAAGAAGGGGCACUGAGGGCCCACAAGAAAAACAAAGGAGAAAAAAAGAAGGGCUUACCUGCUGGCAGAGCUCCAUCGAAAGCCAUGCAAUUCGCCAGCUCAGCCAGGGCGGCAGAUGAGAACUUCGACUAUUUGUUCAAGAUUAUCCUCAUCGGGGACUCCAAUGUGGGCAAGACCUGUGUGGUGCAGCAUUUCAAGUCUGGGGUCUACGCAGAGACACAGCAGAACACGAUUGGGGUGGACUUCACGGUGCGCUCCCUCGAGAUCGAUGGCAAGAAAGUGAAGAUGCAGGUGUGGGACACCGCAGGCCAGGAGCGCUUCCGGACCAUCACCCAGAGCUACUACCGCAGCGCCCACGCAGCCAUCAUCGCCUACGACCUCACCCGGCGGUCCACCUUCGAGUCCGUUCCUCACUGGAUCCACGAAAUAGAAAAGUACGGCGCGGCCAACUUGGUCGUCAUGCUGAUCGGGAACAAAUGUGACCUGUGGGAAAAACGGCACGUCCUGUUUGAGGAUGCCUGCACGCUGGCUGAGAAAUACGGCCUCCUCGCCGUUCUGGAGACGUCUGCCAAAGAGUCCAAGAACAUCGACGAAGUCUUCGUGCUCAUGGCCAGGGAGCUGAUCGCACGCAACAGCCUGCACCUGUGUGGGGAGAGCACCCCGAACAGCCUCCCCCUGGACUCCAGUCCAGUUCUCCUGGCCCAGGCGCCCAGUGAAAAGAGCCAGUGCACUUGCUGAGUGCGUUCACGAGGACAGUCGCACCCGCCGGAGGCCGUCUCUGAAACCAAAGGACAGCCUCCUGUCUGCCGAGUAGCAUUUCAGGUCCACGAUUACGCUUGCCACCAGUCCUCAAGCCUUCCCGCCUGGACGGGCAGCACUUCUGCCUCCAUCCACACCGGAGGCCAUAACUGCUGGCUCUAAGGACAAGGGGACACCACUGUCUCUCUGGAUUUCACCCUGGACUUAAGGCACAGAGGGAGGAGAAGGAGGUUUGUUCUGUUUCAUCUUUUCCUCUUCCGUCUCCCCAACCAACCCUUCAACUGUUUCUACUGAAUUUUGCUUCUCUCUCUUGAAGAAGGUGGUGAAAGAAAAAAGAGGACUAUCAAGAGAGGGGAGAGGAUGUUUAGAACGUUCUGGAACGGUUUAAAGCAGCUUGGGCCUGGGAGGAGGGGGAAGAGGCCUGCACCGAUAAACCAGAAAGCUGUGGACAUUGGCCUCCCGACAUCCACACCUCGGGGCCCCCGUUUGGGCAGGAAACCUUCUGACUUACAGACCACAAACGCCAUCUUGCCAAAUGGUCAGGAGCCACGCGAUGGAAAUCGAAUCGGAUUUCACUUCAUCCUAGUUGGGCUGAUUUGACCACCCACCUAGGAUGUGGGAAAUGUCUACCACUUCUUUCUAAAACACCAAGUUAGCUGCCGGAUCAGAAGUCAUUUCUGAAAUGAAAUUAAAUUGGCUCGUAGAUGAAUAGCGAACCCCAAACUGACCCCUCUGUGUGGCCCAGGCGUGCCAUGUGCCUUCCAGAACCUAAGUAAUACACCAUGUUUUUUAACCUUUUUCUCAUUUAGAAAAAAAAAGUGCAGCUCGCUGCCAGUGCUGAUUUAACAUCACACGUGGGAAUGCUACGUUUUCUAGGAUUUGACAUUUUUAGCGAUCGAGAGUUACUAUAUUUUGUAAAUGGAAAUACCACCGCUAAAAACAGAAUGCUGUAAAUAGAACGUCAUUCAUUUCCCAAAACUAUUGAUAUAUUAGAGCGAUGCAAAGAUUUUGGGGGUGAGGUUAGGACUGUAAUCUGCGAGUUAUCUCCGGGCUGACAGGAAAUGGAUUAAAAGUUCCCUGAUGGUUGUUGCUGAGGCGUGUCUUGCAGUCAUAAUAAGAAGUACAAGGGGGCUCUCCCAAUAAUUACUAAUAAUUUUUAUAUUGAUUAUAUGUUGAAAUGUUAUUUUAGA